AUGGCCGCUCUAACGUUGGAGAUCCUCCAGAAGUCGUACCGGUGGGAAUUGCCACAAGGAGCCGAGAGCAUCACGGCCUCGGCGCUGAAGGAUCAUAUCGGUGAGCGAGCAAAAGGAGAGGUUCUGUACCACAAGAAGCUAUCCUUCGCAUCCAAUGGCAAGGUGCUUGACGACAGCGAUGAGGUGCCACUGGCACCAUCUGUCGUCCAGGUGAAAGGCCCCGGUUCAGUAGUCCAAAUGUUUGGGCUCUUCUGCGACAAAGGUGGCCGCCCCGUGCAGCGCCCCAAGGCCCCUGCGCCGACUCCGGCACCCAGGCCCUCUGCGCAGGAUCGGCCGCUGCCAGCUGCACGCGGCUACCAGGACAUGCGGCACUUCGACUUCGGUGGCCGUGGCUCGCCCUUUGCGCAAAGCCUGCAAAGCGGCUUCCGCCAACAGGCCAAUCCAAUGGCCUUCAAUGCGACUUCAGAUCGACAAUGGCCCAGUUCCGGCGGCUGGACUGGACGAAAUCCACCUCCCUCGAGCCCGCGUCAAGGUGCAUCCGGAUACAGCAACUACGAUGAGACGGUGAUGAAGAAUUGGCUGAAUUCUUUGGCCGAGCAUCAGCAGUUCUCCGAGGAGCAAGACUUCUCAAAGGCGCUCCUCGAGUCACAGGCCACCUUCGAGGCUGACGAAGAGGCGCAACUCCGUUGGGCCCUGGAGGAGUCGGCGCGCAUGGCCGAAGAGAUCGACGCCGCGCGGAACGUGGAGCUUCAGAGUGCCGAGGAGAUCAAAAAGUACUAUAUGGAGGACCUGCAAGGAGGACAGCACAAGUCCAAGAGCUUGACACUACCCUUCAGCAGCUUUGAACCUUCUCGGACCACAGUCCUAGUCCUAGGCAAAGUCGUUACUGUCGCCAUGCGUGUCCUUGUGCGCCGGCGGAACCUUGGACGGGAAGAACUUCCCCGUCGCAAGCGCCAGCGGCGGCUGACAGGCGAAGAUGAGCUUCCGCCUGCCAAGCGGCGCACAGUCACGGCCGGCACUUGUGAGCGCGAUGCGGGGAGCUCGGCUGUCUUGCCGUUGCUGGCCAGCGCUGAUGAGGAGCUGGCAGCUGUCAGAGUAGCGCUUGACGACGUGAUGUCCCAUCUCCUGGGGCGACCACCGACGCCCGAAGACAGAGUGUUUCGAUUCGAUGCAGACUCGCUGAAGGCCACCAUGGAGCUACCGACCCUGUCGCCGCCUCGGCAGCUAGAAUGCUUAGCUGCAGUGGAGCCGGUCGACGGGCAGGAGCUGUCCUACGGUGAGCUCUCCCGCACGGAGAGAGCCUCCUUCGAGAAAUCCGUGGAGCAGAAGAUUUCCCAUUUGAUGCUGAAGGAGCUCGAGCAAGCGAAGCCGCCGCGCUGGCGGCUGAAGGACAAGGCGCUUGGCCGGGUGUCCUUGGUACCGCGAGCCCAGCGGAAGGGGAGGACCAUCCCGCCGCGCAUGCGAGCAGGUGCUGCGGCUCUCCGGGGACCUCCUGUUUUCGUCCAGCUGCGCGAAUUGCAAGAUGCUUUUGUUCAGCAUCCACCUGACGAGUACAGGGAAGAGGUGAUCUUCAGGCCUGCCCGCAAACACGACAGGAAGGCAGGUCCCGACCACGGUGCCUCCAAGACCGGAGGCGAGGCCCUGGAUGGACGCGGCGAGGCCUCUGCCUCGGCCGGCUCUUCCAUCUCCAGAAGCAAUGAGUUCUUUGAGCGCUGCGAUUCAGCCACAGCUGCCCUUGCAACUUACCAGGACAUUGCAAGCAAAGGGCCGCAAGUCCCAGAUGCAUGCAAGGUUUAG